CACAGAAUCCUGAUGCCAAAAGGUGCAAAGAGUGGAAACCUGUCCAAUGAGACAGCUUUACAGACAUGCAGGACUGAUUUUAAACAGCCAGCAUAUAUGGAGAUGAGCAGACCAGAACAAACCCUGGCCACUUUGCUAGAGAAGGCCUUCAGGAUCAAAGAGGAUGUGGUAAACAGUCUGCAUGCCACCCAAGGGUCUGUUUUGAUGGAAGCAUCUGCAAGGAAACUUCUAGAAAACCACAUACAGAUCAUCACAAAUAUUGUCAAACAGCUCAGCAAGGACAUUCAGGUGCUGGAGGCUCAGAUUGUUCAGAGGGACAGUAUAGCAUCAGGGACAACUUUUGCAGUUCAAAACUUGGAUCACAAGAACUUGGCUGUGGUUGGAGAUCUUCGCUGUAGAGUGGCCAGGUGCGAUGCCACCAUAGCCAAGCUCUCUGCAGAUGUCAGGGCUGGAGGACAGGAAAUCCUGAAGCUCCAGCAGGAAGUCACUGAGAUGCGUUCUGCGAUUGAGCUCAGGCUCAGAGACUUGGAACUCAAAAUUUCAGAGUCUUUGGGAAGGUUGGAGACAUCACAGUCAGAGCAGAUUGUGUCUCAGAAGAAUACUACAGGAGACAUACAGAGAGACAUUCAACAGCUUGAAAUAAGGACAUCCAGUGGACUGAGGGAGCUGGAGGAGGAAGCAGCCAGGAUCAGGAGAUGGACAGAAGGGCAGCUGAGCAACACGGCCCAAAUGCAAACACAAAACAGGCAACAGCUGCACACACUGCUGCAGGACAGAAUGGUGGAGGUGGAGGAAAAGCUGAAAGCACAAUUAGAUCUCAUUUCUGCUCACCUGGGCCGUUUGGAGAAGCAGUUGGAAAAGGACCAUUCCGUAGAUCGGGCAAAAAAAAUGGAGAGCAAAAUUAAUACGAAAAUUCAGGCUAUGGAGAACAGCUUCCAAGCCGAACUGGAGCAGAUGAGGAGGGAGUAUCAGUCAGGUUUCCAAUCGGUCCACGAUGCCAUCGCUUCCCUGAGACACAUUGGUGACACCAAGGCCAAACUAGACAAAGGAGAACUGAAGAAAGACAUCAGGCAGAUUCGGAGGAUGAUGGUGGGACAGCCAGACGCCUGAGCUACACAGAGAAUGCGAGACAGUGAAGGGGAACACGGGCAGGAUCAGCUUUUAACCCAACAUGGUCACACUCUCUAUGACUUUUUAAUGAAUGCUCAUUAGUUUGAUAAUACAGAGGGUGCUACUAUUCUGAGCGUAAUCAAUUACUCAUGAGUCUGAUGUAAAUGGAAUACAAGAUGAAGCAUAAAGCAGUUAAGUAAGGAAUAAAGUAGAAGAAUAAUCACGACAGGGAGGUGUGAUCCUGUUACCACCCGGAGUGAUUAUUUUUCUAUAACAAUGUCUUGAAAUGUUUUACUCCACUUAUACAACAGAAAUUGCUCAACAUUUUAUCAUUUAUUAAUGAAUGACACUUUUGUCUAUUUAUAGUUGCAUUUAAUGUUGUGGAAACUCUGUAAGACAAGUUAGCUCAUGUUAUCUUAUGUUAUAGCAGCUAUAAACAGUCAUUUCCUGAACAGCCUCUCUUUCCUCUCUUUAAUUAAUAUGACAAAAACACACAGCUUGUCAUGUUACCAAGAAACCAGGAAAGUGCAAAAGUGUC